UCUGACUUGUUUGGAGUGGCCGCUGCUGCCCGGAGGACUGCAGAAGCGCAGAGCGGUUGGCCUGCGCGCUUCCGGGGCCUGGGGAAGGGGGCGGGCUCUUAAGCCCCGCCCUGUGGGUGGAGCCACGAUCUGGACGAGCAAGGGCUGCGACAGGUACACUUUGACUCGCCCUGGAGACAAACCCUGCCCUCGAGUUGGCCACAGCUGCUCAUAUUUGCCCCCAGUUGGUGAUGACAAGAGAGGGAAGGUCUUCAUUGUAGGGGGAGCAAAUCCGAACCAGAGCUUCUCAGAUGUGCACACUAUGGAUCUGGGCUGGACUUGAAAUCCCUGUGGAUGUGGAACUAGCUGAGGAAGACCUUGAAUUCCUGAUUCUCCUGCCUUCAUCUCUCAAGUGACUAUCACAAAUCUGUGCUGCUCCACCUGGCCUAUAAAGAGUUGGAGCCACUGGAACUGGAGUUACAGAGAGUUGUGAGCUACCGCGGUGCUAGGAGCUGAGCCUGGGCAUCUGGAGUCACCACUCUCAACUGCUAAGCCAUUAAUCAGCCCACUAUCCUACUGGUUUCAAUAUGCAUGUGUGUGGAGGGGUCUGGUGUGGUAUAUGCAUGUGAGUGCCAAUGCCCAUGGAGGCCACAAACAUUGGAUCCCUAGAGCUGGAUUACAUGGAGGCUGGGAGUUGAGCUUGGGUCGUCUGCAAGAUUAGCACGUGCCCUUAACAACUGAGCCUUUUCUCCAGCCCCAACUAUGUCAAUUUAGCAUGCACACUUGAUCGGUGAAUGAGUCAAGAUUGAAAUAACAGAAAUGAGGCUGUGAGCUGGCUUAGUGAGUCAAGGUACCUGCUGCCCAGCCUCCUCUGAGUUUGAUCCCUGAAGCACACUUGGUAGAAGGAAGAAAUUGAACUUUCCAAAGUUGUUCCCUGACCUCCAUGCAGGUGCUGUGGCACAAAUGUGUAUAUACAUACACAUAAGAAACAGACUAGAAAAUUCUAAAUUGCCGUGGUUGGGCCUCUGAUAAUAAUUUUAGGAGGUCUGGCAUCUUGCCUCCUGCGUGGCUACGUGGCAACAGUUAUUUAGAGCUGGAGUGUCACCUAGUGACAGGGUUUCCACCCACAGAGUUACCACGGUCUCUGUUUAUACUAUCCAGGCAAUUGAAUCUCUGCUCCCAGCACUAGGCCAAGAUACCUUAAGUCCCUUUCAGCACUCAAGAAGCUUACCUUUUAGCUCAGUUAUAUUGUGACUGUCUGUCUGUCUGUCUGUCUGUCUGUCUGUCUGUGACAGCAUCUUCCUAUGCCUAGAUUCUCUGCGUAGCCCAGACUACAACCCACAACCUUUCUGCCUCUACUUUCCAAGUACUGGGGUCCUGGACCACCAUACCAGCUUCAAUUACAUCUUUAUUACAAGUUAUCAGUACCAUGGUGACCUCAGCAAAGCCAUUUGGACCAUAGUAUCCUAUUACAUAGAGAUUACUAACCGGCUUCAUUUGCAGUUGUGAUUACCUAACAGCAGCAUGAUACUUGUAAGGUCCUAGAUUAGUGAUUUGCUAACUAAAAGAAUUAGUUGGUUUAGGCAUCAUUUCUCUGUUUGCCCAGAGAUCACUUAGUCACUUAAAAUGGUGGUGGGGGAGAUUGAGAUGUAUAUAGAUAUCAGGGGUGUUUUUCAGGGUCUAAGGACAGAAAAUAGCAGCCCAGGCUGCUGAGAGAAUGGAAACUGGAUCCAAGCGGCCCAUGGAGUCCAGCAGCUGCCUCUAGUCCCGUUAGUUAUGACUAGCAAGUUAGUGCUGUCCAUAUGUCACCUGGACUCUGGGAGGAAGAAUGGAGACAGUUGGACAGUUUCCGUGAAAGAAGCUUCAUGGGUCAGGCAGACAGCCUGCAAGUGUGUGCUAGAGAACAACAUUUCGGUAUUUCGGUUUGAACAUGCUCCCUUUAAGGACUGACGGAACACAGCGGUGGGCCGCGGCCACCAGGGAAGGCCUCUUGCCUCGGUAUGAGCAUGCCAGCUUCACCCCCUCCUGCACACCUCACUGCAUCUGGGUGUUCGGGGGUGCGGACCAGUCAGGAAACCGGAAUUGUCUGCAAGUCUUGAAUCCUGAAACCAGGACUUGGACCACGCCUGAAGUGAGCAGCCCACCACCAUCCCCAAGAACAUUCCACACAUCAUCGGCAGCGAUCGGAAACCAGCUGUAUGUUUUUGGGGGAGGAGAGCGAGGUGCCCAGCCUGUGCAGGAUGUGAAGUUGCACGUAUUUGACGCAAACACUUUGACGUGGUCUCAGCCAGAGACACAUGGAAGUCCUCCGUCUCCCCGGCAUGGCCAUGUGAUGGUGGCAGCGGGGACAAAACUCUUCAUCCAUGGAGGCUUAGCAGGGGACAAGUUCUUUGAUGACCUCCAUUGCAUCGAUAUAAGUGACAUGAAAUGGCAGAAGCUUAGUCCCACAGGGGCUGUUCCAGCAGGCUGUGCUGCCCACGCCGCCGUGGCUGUGGGAAAGCACGUGUAUGUGUUUGGAGGAAUGACGCCCACUGGAGCACUGAACACAAUGUACAGGUAUCACACAGAAAAGCAGCAUUGGACGUCACUCCAGUUCGAUACUUUCCUACCUGCUGGCCGACUGGACCACUCCAUGUGUGUCGUUCCGUGGCCAGUGACAUCCUCCUCUGCGAAUGAAGACUCGGAGUCUGGCAUCCUCAGCUGCGAAGCUGAGGAAGGGGAUGCUGCGGACAAGCAUGGGACUCAGGGUGGUGGGUCACCUGAGGAGAGUCAGGCUAACGUGUUGCUCUGUUUUGUGUUCGGUGGGAUGAAUACAGAAGGGGAGAUCUAUGACGAUUGCAUUGUGACUGUAGUUGACUAAUAAAACCCACAUUUUUAUUA